AUAGAGCUAUGUGUACAUAGCAAGCGAUCAUAGCGUCUGUAGCACGUGUUUGCAAAGGUCCAUCAAUUCCCACCGGAAGUGAAGCGAGAUGUUGUCUUUGUGCGUGGUUUACAUGGUAGUAAUCUCUGCUGGCGCCGUCCAGUCCUUUACCUUCAGCGCAGGCAAAGGAGAUGGCAGUCAACACAGUGACUAUCCUGUCAAUGAGACUAAUAUCGACAACUUGCCUAAAUUUUGGACCCGCAAGAUGCGCUCCUUUUUCAACUUACUAGAUGACGACCUGGACGGCGUGCUAACGCAACAUGAAUUUCUGGAUACAAUUCCCAACAGAAUGGAUCAAUACUUUAGUAGAAACGAAGCGUCCGUUUUUAAAGCCAUAUGGCAUUCAACUUGGGACUUUUUUUUCGUCACCCGAGAAAAGAAUGACAAUCUUACUGUGGAGGAUGUGAUAAAAAUGCAGUCCAGAUACCUCACUGUGCCUCACUUUCCAGAACACGGUGAGGCCUGGUUUCAAGAAGUGUUUAAACUGGUCCUCUCUCACGGCAACCAACUGAUUGACUUGUCAGACUACACUGCUUUUCUGCAAAGCUUCGGCGUGGACCCAGAGACGGCUCCAAAAUCCUUCAACAUCUUUGACAUCGAUGACGAUGGCUACUUGGAUGAGAAGGAAUACGUAAAAAACGGUUUGGGUUAUUUUGCAGAUGCAAAGCAGUCCUCAGGGAGGUACCUUUGGGGAUCCUUUCCGCCAAAGAAGGUUGCAUAACUCGUGUCAUAUCUUUAAGUAAUCGUGGCAGUUUUGGAAUGAGAAGUGAUUUUUGUGAUGGCUUUUAGAGGGAUAAGGAUACCUGAACAUUAACAUUUUAUU